CACUCCUCCUCUCCUCUCACCUCUUUCCCCCAAUUACAUCUCUUAUUCAGAGAAACCUCUCUCCCACUCCUCUGAACCCUUCUCACAAUGUUCAGGAACGCUUUACGGCAGUCUAGCCGCACCGUUGCGGCUGCCACUGCCACUGGCAGGAUCGCCUCGGUUCGCGCGGCUGUUCCCGGCCCCCUCUCUGCUGCUUCUAAGCAGGUCCGUACCUAUGCUGCUGAGGCCAAGGCCUCGCCCACCGAGGUUUCUUCCAUCCUUGAGCAGAGAAUUCGUGGUGUCCAGGAGGAGUCUGGCCUUGCCGAGACAGGACGUGUCCUUUCCGUCGGUGACGGUAUUGCUCGUGUCCAUGGCAUGACCAACGUCCAGGCUGAGGAGCUGGUCGAGUUCGCCUCUGGUGUUAAGGGUAUGUGCAUGAACCUUGAGGCUGGCCAGGUUGGUGUUGUGUUGUUCGGUUCCGACCGUCUCGUCAAGGAGGGCGAGACUGUUAAGCGUACCGGCGAGAUUGUUGAUGUCCCUGUUGGCCCCGAGCUUCUUGGCCGUGUCGUUGAUGCUCUUGGUAACCCCAUCGAUGGCAAGGGCCCCAUCAACGCUUCUACCAAGAGCCGUGCCCAGCUCAAGGCUCCUGGUAUCCUUCCUCGUCGCUCCGUCAACCAGCCCGUCCAGACUGGUCUGAAGUGUGUUGACUCCAUGGUGCCCAUUGGUCGUGGUCAGCGUGAGUUGAUCAUCGGUGACCGUCAGACUGGUAAGACCGCUGUCGCUCUCGAUGCCAUGCUCAACCAGAAGCGCUGGAACAACACCAGCGACGAGUCUAAGAAGCUCUACUGUAUCUACGUUGCCGUCGGUCAGAAGCGUUCCACCGUGGCUCAGCUCGUCAAGACCCUCGAGGAGAACGACGCCAUGAAGUACUCUAUUGUCGUUGCUGCUACCGCUUCCGAGGCUGCUCCCCUCCAGUACCUCGCUCCCUUCACUGGCUGUGCUAUGGGUGAAUGGUUCCGUGACAACGGCCGCCACGCUGUCAUUGUCUACGAUGACCUUUCCAAGCAGGCCGUCGCCUACCGUCAGAUGUCUCUGCUGCUCCGUCGUCCCCCUGGUCGUGAGGCUUACCCCGGUGAUGUCUUCUACCUCCACUCUCGUCUCCUCGAGCGUGCUGCCAAGAUGAACGACAAGCACGGUGGUGGCUCUCUCACUGCCCUUCCCGUCAUUGAGACCCAGGGUGGUGAUGUCUCCGCUUACAUUCCCACCAACGUCAUUUCCAUCACCGACGGUCAGAUCUUCUUGGAGGCUGAGCUCUUCUACAAGGGUAUCCGCCCCGCCAUUAACGUCGGUCUUUCCGUGUCCCGUGUCGGUUCCGCUGCCCAGGUCAAGGCCAUGAAGCAGGUUGCUGGUUCCCUGAAGCUCUUCUUGGCUCAGUACCGUGAGGUUGCUGCCUUCGCCCAGUUCGGUUCCGAUCUCGAUGCCUCCACCAAGCAGACCCUCAACCGUGGUCAGCGUCUGACCGAGCUCCUCAAGCAGAAGCAGUACUCCCCCAUGGCCGUCUCUGACAUGGUUCCCCUUAUCUUCGCUGGUGUCAACGGUUACCUCGACAACAUUCCUGUCGCUAAGAUCCUCCAGUGGGAGUCUGACUUCCUUGCUUACCUCAAGAGCAACCACCCCGAGGUCCAGGAGACCAUUGAGAAGGAGGGCCAGGUCAGCAAGGAGCUUGAGGCUAAGCUGAAGGACAUCAUCCCCAGCUUCAACAAGUCCUUCAACGCAUAGGUGAGCAAGCGACAUACUUGUCGAUUAGCCUACCAUGUACUGUUUCAAUUUCCUGACUCUGUGUGUAUAGACAAGAUAGCUUGUACAAUUGACUCCACUGUUUUGUUCUUCUCUUCGCCUAAGCUUCAGGUUGGUUUUGGACACCAAGACCUAAUGUAUCUGUAGCUGUGGAGCAAACAAACCGGUGGGCCGAGAGGCAGGGCCAAAAAAUAUGAAAUAAUAUCCUGUACGUUUAGAUGUUUUUGCGCGACAGAGGAUGGCAUCAGACAGAACGACUGAGUGAUGGCAAAUCCCAUGGAACACGGAGUUGCAUACUCUUUGGUUGGUCUUCGGCUGGGAUUCCUUUGUCUACAUAUAUGCACUCGAAUAUGAUUUCCUUUGUUUCUAUACCUAUAUCUCAAU